GGCAAACUGGUCGAUGAUAUCACAACGGCACUAAUCUGCAAACAGUCGUAGCUCCAUGUUUACGAUCUGCAGCAUUGCAGCUUUUAAAUAAGCAUCCCACUGCCGCUUGGCAAAGAGCCUUUGUUGUGAAAAUUUUGAUAAUUGCCUAUACUACUUUUUUGAGUUGCUAAAUCGUGCUCAGUGUUGGUAAUUUACGUUUUACAGCGAGGUAAGAGCAAAAAGGAUUGUUUUUAAGCCUUCCAAUUUUUUUACAUGUCGGCUAUUAAAUCGUACUUCACCCGGGCCCAUCGCAGCGGAUGUAUCAAUUUGGGCAAUGAAGUGUUGGUCAACUUCCACAGCGAUACGGAGUUUUAUCUGGGAUUUUUGCAAGAUAUUAAUGGGGAUCAGGUCUUUAUCGAUUUCGAUUGUCAGCUUAUCCAACCACAAUGGGUCUCCAUCCACCGUGUUUGGCGUCACGAACGCAGGACUAUUCAGGUGGUAGACGAUCCCGUGGACGUUCAUGUAGCCGUUCGCCAGCAAGAUGCCGGACCAUACGUUUUUCAGCCUGCUCUACUCUUGCGCAGUUGCAGCUACGCGAGUCAGUUCCUGUGCUGUGUUUCCUUCAACCUGCACCUAUCGCCCAGCGAAAUUAAGGACUUCGAAGUAGUGCAUUCCUGGCAGGUUGUCGAGCAUUUGCCCCAUGAUCGAAAUUUUUACAGAAUUUGCCUGCUACCAAUCAAAAAAAUAGUAUACCGCUCGAAAAAGUUGACUCUUGGUGCUGGCAUUGAAGAGUCUCACAUUAUCCACACGCUGGAUGUUGGAUUCCGCAACUGUUAUUAUCACUACGAAGACGGCACUCGGGAUCGAGUGUUUGUUCGCAUCACAGAAGGAGAAAUCAUGUUCCUUAUUAUGUACAUAAAAUGUUUGCACAGAUAUAAAAACGAGUGCGGGGCCAUCAGCUGCUGGCUAACGGAAACCACGAAGAAAGUUCGUAUGGGGAUCGAAAAAUAUUUACUCAAGUGUUUGAGUAAGCCACAAUGCCAGAACCAGAUGCCUGAACUUGUUACAGCUAACGUGCACAGCCAGAUCAAAUGGAAUGUUGGAGAAGAGACUGAAAUGAUGCUUGGAGACCUUCCACUCGAAAUUUUAUCGAUGUGUCUUCGUGAUUUGGACGUUACUCCAGGAAAACUUAAUAGAGUGUGUGCAGUGUGGAACGCAUUACUUGGAGACCCGGCAUCCCAUUCGUCCUUGACCAUUGACUUCUGCACGCUUACCAACCAGCGAGCACAACAACGUCAAGAAACAGAAGGCUACCAUAUCGGACGGCUACUCCAUCGCCUUAUCAGCACCAAGACGCGCAUACUGGCACUGGUAAACAUGGCGCAUCGGGCUGACACGGUGAAUCACGUCGUUUCGCUCGUUGCCGAAUUCCUGCGUUUGAAACGUCCGGUCUUGACGCUUAUCGUUAAGAGCUGUCGCGCCGGUGUAGAAAGCAAAGUAGACGGCAACCUGUUUUGGUACAACAACCCAAAUGUCGCAGCAAACUACUUUCAACUGGUGCCAUUGAAAAACCUGUGUCGCCGCUUGAUAGUGUGUGAUUUUAUUGUCGAUUUCUCUAUAUGGACAGAUCCGUAUUUUGGCCCCCGAAUGCCGAACUACAUCAAGCGAAAGGAACCGAAUAAACUUUUAAUUAAAAUACCGAUCAUGCCAUUAGAAAACGAUGAGCUGUGGAUUCCAAAGUUUAAGCGAGAACUUGUGCAGAAUUGCCCACCUGUUGAUCUGUCAGUCAGAGAGGACAUAAAGCGGUUGCAUGCUGGUUGGGUCAAACGCCACCGAUAUCCCGGAAAGAAGUGGUUGGCACUGCGGCAUCUUCUUGAAUUUUAUGGCCCAUGUGAAGCUACGAACCAAGAGGAAUACCAGCUGUAUUCAACCUUCUGGUACAAUUUGGAUUUAAGGGAGUUCGAUCGGCUGCCUCUCCGCAACUUAAGCCUGACAAUGCUUGCCCGACAUUAUAUCCGCCAUUCCGAGCGUGAAAACAAAAACAGCUAACUCUGCAGCCAGCCUAUUCUGUACUAACGUUUUAAAGCGUUUUCAUAUUCUGGCACAGCAGGACAGAGUCUCCUCAAGACGGAAGUAAUGGUGGCUAGCGCUCAAAUGGACUCCAUGUAUUAUCAUUAACGACGGAAGUAAAAGACAUGCCAGUGUUUCUUUCAAAAAUUAGUUUAUUUUCUCCGCUAGUUUCUCUUUGAAAGUGGUGCACUCAUUGCAAUGUAACUUAUUUUCUGCCUUCAAGGGAAUACUGGGAUCCUGCUGUAUUUGAAAAGUCGUAUUGUCCCCGAAGUGAAUUUUUGGAACUAGGUGGGUAAAUGACACUUUUACCACCUUUUUACAGUACUUAAUUCGAUUUGUAAAACGAUGUACAAUAAGCCACACUGCAUAGGGCGCAACUGAAAUUGAUAGCGCGCGAAAGAAACUGAUAGCGCGCUGAUGUAUUCAGAUGGAGUAGAUUCGGUACAUAUCUUUUAUUCGGGCAAUAGCCUAUUAACAGAACAGCAAGCCUGCGC